AGCCACUAACUACCCUCUGCUUAGCGCUACUUCUGGUUACCCUAGCAAACGACCUUGCGAACAGCUGUUGAGUUGCUCAUUGAAACAAAUGCGCUCUGACAAGCUGAAGUUGUUUACGAUUUGUUAAAUUAAAAGGUUACAGAAAUAAGCGCAUAAUGUGGCGUAUUCUAUUAGCCACCGGCUGCUUCUGUUUACUCAAUUUGGCGGCUGGCAGCGAAAUAGUUGAUUACAGCUUAAAUACCUGUGAUAGACGUCAUCAUGCGUUCAACUUUACCAAGGGUUUACCCAUCGAUCCUCACUGUCCUUACCCAAUCAAAGAGCGGCGUAACUCCAUUUACCUGCUCUACGAUGUGAAUCCACCAGAAGGAUUCAAUUUGCGCCGUGAUGUCUACAUACGCCUGGCAGUAUUCGUGCGCCAACUCUCUCAUCGUAAACCCUUCCAAAACUUGCGUUUGGUGCUGCCGCCGUGGCACCGGCUGUACCACUGGAAAUCCAAUCAUCUGCAACAACACAGCCUGCCAUGGGCGCAGUUUUUUGAUGUAGAGAGCAUGCGACGCUAUGCACCGGUGCUAGAUUUCCCCGAAUUUUUGGCAGAGAUUGGGCAAUUCGGAUUGCAGGAGUCACCUUACGUGCCUGUAAAUCAAAUAUUCCAACUGCUGCAUUUCGAAGAUAUGUUCGAGCAGGGUGUAUUCCAUGAGAAGUUCCAAGUUGAAACCACUUGCCAAAAGGAUCAAUAUCUCCAGGGGUACUUACUGCAGCAACCCAUGCUGUUAGAUAACGACUUUGCUUGUGUGCGCUAUCAAGGUAGCGUAAAUCUGCUUGAACACCUACUGCGGCAGCACAUGAAGAACACGGUGUCAGAGGCGGCGAACGAUAUAAAGGUAUACGCCGUACUCAACGCUGAGAUAGUGCUGCACGACCAAUGGGGCGACAAGGAGUUUUGGCGCGCGCGACGCUCCAUGCGCUUUGCAGCGUCGCUGGUCGCAAUAGCUGAUGAAUAUCGCGCGCGUGUAUUGAAUUCUCAACCGGCAGAGGAACUUUUGCAACGACCACCCAUGUGGGAAGCUGAGCGCCCGUAUCGCAAAGCCCUGGGUGGGGACUACUUGGCAGUACACUUUCGACGCGGCGACUUUGUGCAUGGACGGCAGAAGACCACACCCACUUUGAAGUCUGCAGCAACGCAGAUACGCGCACAAAUGAAACUGCUCAAUUUGACGACAGUCUACAUAGCCACCGAUACCAACGCAAUGGAGAUUACCAAUUUAAAGGCCUAUCUGAAACGAGUACACAUGCGACGCUUCACGCCCGAAUCGCUUACACAGAAAGCGCUUAUGAAGGAUGGCGGACAGGCGAUAGUGGAUCAGUUGAUAUGUGCACAUGCUCGGCACUUCAUCGGCACAUUCGAGAGUACAUUCACCUAUCGCAUUUACGAGGAACGUGAAAUACUCGGUUUUACGCGGGAGAGCACCUUUAAUACGCUCUGCAAGAAUGCCACGUUGGUUAACUGUGAAAAGAACACUGUGUGGCCGAUUGUCUACUGAGUGUAGGGAAGCGGGCUACAUGUAAUCCCACGACAGGCGGGUCUACGUAACCGGAGCGACUCAGGCUUAUAUUUGGUCAAGGACUGUCACUCGACCAUCAUCCCACAAAACACUUUGGGAAAUCUGUAUGCUGUUACAACAACAAGAGCAACGUGUAAUUCUCAAAAGAGUGUGUCAUGCUUACCUUUUGCCUUUAAUGGAAAGCGAUGCAUUUCAGGUUGAACUCAAGGCUUUUAUGAAAUUUUUGUACUUCUAUACUAAAAAAAUUGCGGCUAUAUAAGAAUGUAUGUAUAAUUUCGUAGAUUAAGGCACACCAAAGUCACGAAAGUGAAUUAGAGUUUAAGUCCAUUUAUGCUGUAAAUUUCUUUAUAACUCUUUAAGCUUUAUCGCUAAUUUGCUGUAAGUUUUCUCUCAACAAAGCGAACUCGGGGCUAAAGUUUUCAUUGUAAAAAAUGAUAAUUUUUUAGAUUUUUUUCCGAGGUAAACUUUAUUACUUAUGCAUCAAUUUCAAAUGUUUAAAUAUUUGAUGUAGCGAUCAUUUGGUUAUUAACUAUGUUUAGGAAAUGCUACUUUUCAACUUUUAUUAUUUUUAAUAUUUAAAAAAAAUUUAAAUUUCUCUGGUUAAUAACUUUUGUAUAUAUGUAUGUAUAUAUAUA